AUGGCUAAAAACAAAGCAAGGACAAUACUUGUUAGAAUGGUAUCAAGCGCAAAGACUGGAUUCUUCUACCAGUGCCAAAGACCUCGUCUCUCGGAGAAGCUGAGCGCUAUCAAGUACGAUCCAAAGGUCAAGCAGCACGUACUGUUCUUAGAAGGGAAGCGGUGA